CCCCUUUUAAGUAGAUAUUUAUGGGAAUCAUGGGAAUAGAUUACUAGAAAUUGCUAGUCAUAUUUAUUCUCGUUAUCAAGAUUGCCCUUAAUUAUAAGCAGUUAAUUGCUAACAAGUUAGAUGAUUGUGCAGAGGAGUUUUUACCCAUUGGGUAUUUUGUUUUAAGCAGCCUAUUCCCCUCCCUCCCCAAGAACUUUUUGUUUUAUGUAAUAGAAUAAUGUUUAAUUCAAGGGUGUUCAUUUAAAAAAAAAGUUUGUAAUUUUAAAUUGCCCUGUAUUUUAUGCCAGUUAAUUCAAAGGAGCCUCUUCUACUGCCACACAAUCUCUGUUCCCUCUGUAUGCUCAAAAAAACAAAACAAAACAAAACAGUGGAAGAGACUGUUGGGUCAGUAGGUUUGCAGCUGCAGAGGUACCUUCCUUAUAACAAUGCUUUAUGAGGUUGCUGCUCCCAUCACUCUGCUCAGUAAAAUUAGCUCAUCUUGUAAUGGAGGGGAAAAUUCGAGUCGCAGCGCAGAGAAGCGAUCAGCUGAAGAAGAAGCCGAAGACUUCUCAUCCAAGCCUGUACCCGCAAAGAUAGCCAAGUUUGGAUUUGCCAUAGGCAGUCAGACCGCAAAGAAAGCGCCUGUCAUAUCCAUCAAACUUGGAGCAAGUAAGCCUAAAGAAACUGUUCCAACUCUUGCCCCUAAAACCCUUUCAGUAGCAGCAGUUUUCAAUGAAGAUGAUGAUAGUGAACCAGAGGAAAUGCCUCCAGAAGCAAAAAUGAGAAUGAAGAAUAUUGGAAGGGAUACACCAACAUCGGCCGGACCAAAUUCCUUCAAUAAAGGAAAACAUGGAUUCUCGGAUAACCAGAAGCUGUGGGAACGAAAUAUAAAAUCUCACCUUGGAAAUGUCCAUGACCAAGAUGAUGACUAAAUGAUGUGUUUUGAGAUUGGGGUUAUGGGGUGGGUAUAAUGUUAAAAGGAACAGUUUCUUUUUUUUUCUUUUUUUUUUUUCUUUUUUUAAGAAUGGUAUAAGACUAUCUUUGGAGCCACUUUUAAAAAAAUUGAGUGGUAUACUAAUAAAUGAAAGUUUGAAAUUAGAAGUAAUUUAUGUUUUAUAUACAGAUUUCGAGACAUUUGCUAAUUUUGUAGUUUCAUGUGAUUAGUUUCAAAAGGUUACAGGUAAUAAAGAAGUCAGAAAUGGUACCUUUUUAAGAAUUGCUUAUUUUUUUAGUCACAACUAUUAGCACAUUAAGGAGGAAGCAAAAGUUUACUGUCUCUUCAAUUGUUCAAAUUGAAAAUUACUGCUUAACUCCAACUUUACCUAAACUGUCUGGCUCCCAAGAACAGCCUUAUAGAGGAGUGUUGUAGUGGGAGGGAAGUGUUACUGGAACAUUGAUUUUAAAUAAUUUAAACAAAAGAGAAAUAUGACAGCUUUUUUUUUCCCCCUAUGGACAUUUUUUUGGUUGUUUUAAGUAAUGAACUAGGCAUUGCUAACAGCAAUUACAGAAGCUUAGCUCUUAAGAAAAACCCAUAAUUACUCUUUUGAAAUUUUAUGUAAAGUUUUUAAUAUGAUGUGGCCUGAUUCACCUUAACAGGGCUUGUCUUAACUUCAUUGGUUUUCAAAGGUACAAGCAUUCAGUGUGGAAGUAAAUCAGUAUUUUAGAUGUGCUUCUCUGAGUUAUUGGUAUUAACAAGCUCCUGUAAGCAUUUCCACCAGAACUUGAGGUAAAUAUUAAGGAAGCUGUUUCUUUAAAAAAAAAAAAAAAAAAAAGUAAGCCACCACCAAAAAUGUGAUUAAAAAUAUGUACAUUGUUUAAAUGCAUUUGGCUUUUUUAAUUUUAAAAGAAAUGACACACCAAAAAUUCAUUAACAUUGUAUAAAGUUGGUAAAGAUGCACUUUCUGUAUUUUUCAGAACGUUUAAAUUACUGAUUUGGUGAAAACCAAUUUGAGUUUAAGCAACGUUAAUAUUCUCAUUACUAGGCUAGUAUAUAAUACACUCGUUUAUAAGCCUAUUUCUUUAUAGACCACUAGCCCAUUUCAGGAACUGAAAAUACAAGAGAAGUUCAUCUUCAAAAUUAUUUUAUGAAAGAUCUGACCACUUAUACUUUGAAUCUGUAAGUUCUGAGAAGUUUCUUUUGUAUUUUUGUAUCGUAUAUGUAAUCUUAAAUUUCUUUGAAAUAUAAUGCCGUUGGAACACCUGUUCUAGUAUCUUUAAAAGCUUUGUCAUAAACAAAUGUAUAAUGUUUUCUUGAAAAUUCCUUCAAUGUUGAAUUUGAAGGCAGCUUUAGACUAUUCUAUUGGUGGUAACUGCCAGUUAAGCUCUUAGAAUAGGUAAUCGUUUCACAGGAGCUGCCUUUUACUGUAUAUUCCUAAUACUUUUGUCCAGUUGCAUUUAUAUUUAGAAUAAGCCCCACCUAAAACAAUGAAAAUGUAUAUAGAACUAUUAGUUCUUCCUUAUUUGACUUAACCAUAUCAAAUUCAUAAAUUUACCUUUAGACAUUUUAAUGUAGGCAAGCUUUCCAUUUUUAUCCAUUUUAUUGUUAUGUUUAAAGUAAGAAUUCUUCCUCUUCUGAAUGUUUUCUUGACCCAAAUGAAAUGAUAGCCGAAGGUCAAGACAGGAGAGAGAAAUGACUGAGAUGAAUGUCUUUACUAAAAUACCAAUAAAUUUGUGAAACUCA